UUCAUUGAUCAGCGGACCAUCGUCCCCUUCUCAAUGCCAUCGAUCGGCUGGAGCUAGUUGUGCCCGUGCCGUAUCAUGUCAUGAUUCAUGGUGAAGUGGUUGGCAAUUGGGGCUACAGAAGAUCAACAUAAAACGAAAACAUUGCUGACCGCGAAACAAUCGGUGCAGUCUCUUGUCCAGUGAGAGCACGCCGUGGCGAUUAUCCAAUGUUGCGAAAUGUCGUCCGCCAACACAUCAAACGUGGACUUCAGGCAGCUACGCAAGAACUUCGUGCGAGCGCAAGAAAAGGACGAACGCUAUACGAGAGAGAACGAUGCCAAGUUCCGCGCAGUUCACCAGAAGGUGGCCACAUAUGAAGAGUUCAAAGAGAUCGUCCAGGCCUCGCACUUGCAACCACUUAGCCCCGAGGACCGCAUUCAAUCUCGACCAACACAGCCCUGGAAUACAGCGUGUGACAGUGCUGCUGCCACUACUACUGCUGCUGCCGCUAGUGCAUCAUCUGGAGAUCCAGACUCAGCCGACGGCGACUCAUGCAGCGCACAGCCUGCGAGUGGUGGCACCGCUCUGGCGCCGAGCUCAGGAGGAGGUCGUGAUCUUCACGUGAAACUACCCAGGACAACUCUGGAAUUCAACAAAAUCUGGAAGAAAAGCAGCAGCAGUGAGAGAUACAGACUUCUGGUGGCUGGUGGCGGCUCUGGAGUGGAGGUUCUUCGCGGCGAGGUAUCCUCGGAUAUCUUGGAGGGAGCCAUACUUGCUCUGAAUCAGUGUCUAGAAUCACUGGAUGCGGAUCUUCCAGCUGUCAUGAAGGUCUUGAAGCAACUUUCUGAGUCCAAGCGCUUCGAAUUGAAUCUCCAGUUUUUCAGCUCCCGAAGCAAGGAAGAGUGUCGAGAGCUGUUUGAAAAGAUCGCCUCUGCAUCACUGGAGUCCUCGACACAUGAAGCUGGAGACGAACAGAACACAUGUGCUGAUCCAGAAAACUCAACUGACCAUUGUGAUCCUGUUGGGUGCAAGUCCUCUUCUUCUUCACAUGGGUUUGCCACUGGUAGUUUGCAGCUGCUUGCCGGUCAGUUCAGCGUUAGGUUGGCUCUAAAUAGCGAUACUUAGGUUUCCGGAACGUCGUCCUGAUUAGUUUUAGUUAUAAGGCCGCGGCAGUUGUGCACUGCGCCAUGGGAUCCCCAACAGUGUGAGCGCACAUAGUAUGCCAGUCAUUCGGCUUCAGACGCUCAGGUAUCUAUUUCAGUUGUGGUCGCAUCAUUUCUUUCUAUGAACGUGACAUCACACACACAUUCCUCCUGUCCAUGAUCUUUGCACCGCACAAAUAUCUUAUGCCAAGUUGAGAUUUUAUGACUCGCAAGUUGAGUUUCAUGACUCAAAAGUUAACAUUGAAUGAUUCUUAUUUGAAUUGUGUAAACAUAGGUGGCAAGCUGUGAAUGUGUGUGGCUUGCGGUCAGUAAAGUUUGACUUCUUUGUUGCACUGUGAGUAGAGGUUCAGAUGUUGUUUUAUUUCUUUGCAAUGCAAGGAUCUUUGCAUUUUUAAUAACUAUUGGAUCAGGUCCUGAACAAACUCCAUGCAUCUGCGAAUA